UGAAUAUGAGGCUGUGUAUUAAAAGAUUGAGAUUUUUAAGUGGAGGAAGUCUACAUUUUUCACACACAUCUCAAGUUAAACCUAGACAAUACUCUCAUGGCAUACCAUUUCUGGACUUUUACAAAAAAACUACAGGCACAACUAUAUCUGAAGAUCACCUGACAGUUCUCCAGAAGAAGCACCCACACAUAAUGGAGGUAACACAUGACAGCUUGCAGUGCACGCUACAGAUACUACAAAAGUUUGGGAUCACUGCUGAGGAAGCCUGUUGCCAUCCCCAUGUAUUCAGUAUGAAUCCCAUCACUAUGGAGAACUAUGGAGAUAUACUUAGGGAAUGUCAAUUUGUAACUGUUUCAGCCAAACAUAUCAUAAAGUACCACACAUUUAUAAGAAACCGAACUAUAGCUUGGCUGAAAAAGGAAGGAUUACUGUCAGAAGACAUACAAUUAGAACAAGUAUUAUUGGACAAGUUCCAAGAGUGGCCAGAGAGUAGUAAAACCUUGCAAAAGUUCUGUGAUACUAACACAUCAGUUUUAACAAUUCGUAUGAAUAUCUUGGAAAAAUUUCUGAACUGGAAGUUGGCGGUGUCUUCAGAAGAGUUUCAGAAGUACUGUAGAAACUAUCUGCCUCUCCAACACAAGCCAAUGUCAGAUAUCCAAGAAGCAAUCAGAAUAGCUGAGAAUGAGAUAAAGUUCGAUAAAGCAGGAAUCAGAAGAAAUGGCUUUGUUAUUUCUGCUGAUCCUUUACAUACAAAACUCAUUUUAGAAAAUGUUAGAACACUGGCAGGCAUGGAUAUUAGAGAUGUUUUAAAAAUAGAACCAGCCAUAUUGAAGAAUAAUUACAAUUCUGUUAUCCAAGUUCGAAAUAUUUUGGAGGAGUAUAGAAUAUCGAAUGAGACCCAAAGGAAAUGUUUGAAAGUAUACUGUAUGCGACCAGAAACCGUUCGCGAACGCCUAGAUGACCUGAGGAGUUUGAAAGAGUACAAAGUGUUAUCUACAAAUCCUAGAAUGCUUCUACUCGUUAUCCAUAAGAAGAAAAUGCUCAAUCGUCUCACGAAAAUAGAAACGGCAAAAAAGCAAUGUUUCAGUUUGAAUCACUUAGUAUCAUCGUCGAAAGUGUUUAACAAUUACAUCAACAGUUUUGGCGACAAAGUAUGCGGCAGGGACAUAGCGAUACUGAUUACUUCGUCCCUCAAAUUGCCAGCACACAACGGUAGAGGGCAGGCGGCGCGCAUCACGGCCGUACUGAACCAAUUGAGGCGACACAAGUACUGGCUGCACGUCGCUAUGAGCGUCAUCGAUGAGAACAUACAAUUCCUUAGAAAUAAGUUCGAUCAUCAAAUCAUAAUUAAUAACUGUGUGAUACUUCUGUAUCCUGUCUCCGAAGUGAAAUACUACAUAGAGACGUUGCUAUGCAUGCGCAGUGGCCAAGAAGUGAACGACGAACAAAAUGAUGAGCUGAACUAUAGCAACGUUCGUUACGACUGCCUCACGGACGCGCAGAUACUUAGCUUAGUGUUAUACACCAUUGAGAAGAAAUACCAUUUCAGUGGAGACGGUAUUUGGUGUAGGCAGGACGGUUUAAAGGUUGAAUCACAGAAAAACUGACAGAGGUGCCGAAUUUAGAUAGG